AUGUCUGAUCAACCAAUUUUGAUAAUCGGUGCCGGCAUCAGCGGCCUUGUGUUUGCCCAGUACCUGCUAAGCCAUGAUAUUCCUUUCGAGAUCUUCGAUCGAGACCCCGCAAGCGACGCACGGAGCGGUGGAUGGGGUUUGACAUUGCAUUGGUCACUUCCUGCUCUGCGCGAGCUACUACCGAGGAACAUCGUCGAUCGUUUCCCCGAAACCUUCGUCAAUAAAGAAGCAUCAGCUCGAGGUGAUACCGGUCGCUUUCAAUUUUUCGACUUAAAGUCAGGAGCUGCCUUGUACGACUCACCUGCCGUUGAACGUAUUCGAGUCAGCCGGGCUCGCUUACGAGAGUUACUGGCUACCGGCGUCAAUGUACAAUGGGGUAAAAGCCUGCAUAACGUCUCGUCUUCCGGCGAUACGAUCACCGCACACUUCCAAGAUGGCACCUCUGCUACUGGCAAGCUACUUGUCGCAUGUGAUGGCUCAAGAUCGCGAACGCGUGAAAUACUCUAUCCAGAUACACAGAUGAAUAAAUUGCCAGUACAGCUGCUGGGUGCAUCAACACUGUAUACUGCGGAGGAGCUGGGUGGCGCCCAAUCCAUCGACCCCUUCAUUUUCCAAGGCUCUCAUCCGGAAUCGAACGUCUUUCUAUUCUUCAGCUUCCUCGAUACCCCAAACAAUUUUGAGGACAGCAGCAAAGACCGUUAUAACUGCCAGGUUAUCAUCUCUUGGGCAGACUCAAAGGGAAUCCCGGUCCCCAAUAAUAACGCUGAACGUAUUGCGUUAAUGAAGAAUAUGACAGAGAAUUGGUCGGAGCCUUUCCGCUCCCUAGUCCAGAAACUCCCUGAUGAUGUGGAAGUGCGCUCGAUUCGUAUCGAAGAUUGGAUGUUCAGCCUAGGAAGGGCUCAUGCGCACCCCCGGGCGGUGCUAGUUGGAGAUUCGGCACAUACCAUGACCAUGUUCCGCGGAGAAGGCGCAAAUAACGCGAUUGUGGAUGUCCUUGAUCUUGUGAAGCGUCUCAAUAUAACAGAUACAAGCUCUUUCGAUUCUAUCGAUUUAGUAUCCUCCAUCGCCGCCUAUGAGAACGAUGUCUUCGCACGUGCCGAGCCCAGUUUCCUCAAGUCUCGACAGGCAUGCUUAGAUGCCCACGACUUUUCAAAGAUUGAAGGAAGCCCACUGGUUGGGUCAAGGGACCGUGUAUGA